GAAACAAAAUUUAGACUACAUUUCAGAGAGAGAAUCAGAAUUCACACGCAAGAAAAAUUCCAUUGGAGAAGCAGCAGUUCAGGCCCACACACACCAUUUUCCCAUUGACACAACACCCUUCACUGAAACCCAUCUGAAACUAAAGCCUGGAUUCAACUCCUACUUAGGAAUGAUUCAUUGGCUUUCCUGCCCUAACAAGGAAAGGAAACAACAGGCAUGGAGAUGAUAGGGUUUUCCGAGAAUCAGGCUGACAGCACUUGGAAAGGGGUGCUUGGAAAACCUGUAAAUUCAUCUUAUCCUUCUUCUUCAAAGACUACAAUCAGUGAGUCAACAGCAGAUUUCUACCAACAUGAAAAUCAGACGGGGAUUUUUGAAAGUAGCAGUGAGAAGUAUGUGAUACUGGGUUCUGAUUCUACUUCUUGGCAAGAUCAAAACAUGUUGCCUCUAGAUGAUUUUUCUUUGAGGUGUGUGCUUCCAUGUCAAGGAAAUGAAAGGCCAAGUCAAGGGCUUUCUCUUUCUCUUUCUUCAACCAAUCCCAACAGUAUUGGGUUGCAGUCUUUUGAACUGAGACAGAAUAAUCAGAACAAUAUUAUUCCACAUGGGUUGUUGGGAAAAGGUGGAAAUCAUCAAGGCCAAUUUCAUCUGAUGAGGAAUUCAAGGUACUUGCGUCCUGCUCGGGAGGUUCUGAAUGAGUUUUGCAGUCUUGGAACUUAUAAGCAGAUGAUGGAUGCGGUACCAAAGCAAAAGCACAAGAACAAACAGUGGCAUGAUGAGCAUGGAAGCAGUCCUUCAAGAAACCAAUCACUUCACUUACUUGAUUUCAUUGAAUUACAGAAAAGAAAAACAAAGCUGCUCUCAAUGCUAGAAGAGGUGGACAGAAGAUACAGGCAUUACCGUGAUCAAAUGAAGGCAGUGGUAUCUCCCUUUGAGGCAGUUGCCGGAGCCGGAGCAGCCUCGGUAUACUCAGCCCUAGCUUGCAAAGCUAUGUCAAGGCAUUUCAGAUGCUUAAAGGAUGGAAUUGUGAGUCAGAUUCAGGCUACUAAGAAGGCCAUGGGGGAGAGAGACCCAGUUGUACCGAGUAUUACAAAGGGAGAAACCCCAAGGCUGAGAAUUCUGGACCAGGCCUUGAGACAACAAAGAGCAUUUCAACAGAUGAGCAUCAUGGAGAGUCAUCCAUGGCGACCACAAAGAGGGUUGCCCGAAAGAUCUGUCUCGGUUCUCCGAGCUUGGUUGUUCGAGCAUUUUCUUCAUCCGUACCCAAGUGAUGUUGAUAAACACAUCUUAGCUCGCCAAACAGGUCUCUCAAGAGGCCAGGCAUGUCCACAUGAUCUCUUUCUCCAUAAUCCCUUCCUCUUGAAUUGAAUUAUUAAUUUAUAUUAAUUAUCAAUGGAGACAGGAGAGCAUAUAUAUCUCUUGGCCAAAAAAAUAAAAAUAAAAAUGGAAAGCAUAU